AUUACUAAUUGAUAAAACCUAUUUGUAUGUACUUUUAGUAGCCAUAGAAACGGAUAACACAGCCAAUGUAAAGCAAUGUUCGUGGCGACACAGUUACAAGUAUCCAAAUUAAACCAUCCAAGUAAUUCCUAUAGGUAAUCCAUCAAGACUUUGCGUAAAAUAUGUCCGUCAAUUAUUCGUGCAACCAAUUCGAAAAGGCGUACAAACCGACUAGAUUGGGCAAUUGGGAAGUACCGAAAUGGCAUUUGAAUCGUCCAAAAGGUCGGUCGACCGUGACAAAAGUGAUCGUAAACGACAGAGGGCAUCUACUGCCUGGAGUACAGAAAACCGAUCAAAAACAUUGGGCAGGACUGUACUUGGGGACGUAUCAACUACCAAAACGAAUCACGAAGGACAUUGUUCAAGAACUAAUCGCUCCAAAGUGUCAAUCGUACAUGAAGCGUUCGUACCAUCAACCCAUUUUGGAAAGUAAAUCAAAGGCUGAAAACAAAACAUGCAAUAAUCGGUUAAAAGGUUUGAACGCAAGCGAACAACGUACAAUUAAUAACGACCAAGAAGAAGACAAGGAAUCGAUAAAAACCGUUAAAACUACAAUAUCGAAUUCGUCGAAAACGACUUCAGUGUCGAACUGCUCCUCCGGCCGAGGUCGACGAAAUCCGUCGGAACAACAGUUGUUCAAUUCGACUCUACCCGAACACGUGACGACGCCCAGCAGAGCGCAUUCGAGCCCGGCGUUGAGCCGCAUCAGCGGGGAUGAAAACAAACACCACGAGCACCACGGCCGGAGCAACAAACACCAUCGUCUUCCCGACACAAUAGAAGACGCCGUGUACCGAUCGCUGCAAAUGAAACGGGACAAACAUCCCGGCCUGGGAUUGGACGGGUUUUGGCCGAAAUGUUCGGCCGUGGCCUAUAAAUCGUUCAACGAUCCCGGCCCGACGCAAUGCAGCAAACUCCGCGUGUACAGGCCGAAAACUUCCAAGGACGGCGGCGGCAACGGUCGGCAGGAAACGGCCGGUAACGGACGGCCAAAAACUUGCGGAUCCCUCCAAGCGUUGACCGACAUCAAACUCGCCCUCUGUUGGGAUCUGGACGCGCCGUUCGACGGCCGACGGUCGGCGGACAAACCGGCGGUGUUCCAGAAGAUAGUGAAAAAAGACAGCGCCGAAAUGCAUUCCGGAAAACCUGUCCCGCGGGCACCCAAUUCCUCGGCGGUCAUGGGUUUCGUGCGACCGGCGGACGAACCGGAGUCGCCGCGUGUCUCGAGGCCCCGGAACUUGUCGGCAAUCGUGAAUUUGAUUCCGGAAAAACUUGCACGGAAUAAUGACGAAAGCGGAGGCGACCGAGAAGAACCAGAUCCGGCCAAGAGCCCCCCCGCCAGUCGCGAGAAGAUACCGGAAGAGGUUGGAAACGUCGACGACAAACCGGAACAAAGCGAUCGCGCAAACGCGUUCGGAGCGUGCGAAAAACAACAUUGUAGACCUUGUGUGGCCUGCGACUACCGCCGGUACUAUCCGGCGGCGGCGAAACGGUGCCAGAAGUCACACGAGGAAAAGAACCCGUACAAGAUGGCGUUCAAAGCCGGCGUACCCGUGACGUCACCGGUGAAACACGGCCGAACUAAAUGCAAGAAAAAACUCAAAGUGCCCAAACCGAAGACGACCAAUUCGGACAAGAAGAAGUACGUGAUCGGAACGCUGUUGCCGCCGUUUUCCAUGUGGCCCGGAACUACGGCCAGAGAUUACCCGGAACACUGGCGGCUGACUUCCGUUUAUAGACAAGCGUUCAAGCCGUUGGAGUCGCGGAAGCAAUCCUUCCUCGACACUAUUUACUUGUAAAUACCCACGUGGGUACGAAAAAUCCAGGUUGUUGACAACUCAAAUGGCAUAUGAUACUGUGCAUAGAAGCUGAUACAUAGGCGUAGCAAGAUUCAUUUCUGUGGGGGAGAGGGGGGGCUAUAGCCUUUACACCAUUAUUAUGAACAUUUAGACUUGAGGGGGACUUUUUGUCUCAAAUCCGGCCAAUGCUUAAACCUACACCGCCCCAAAAAAAAUUGUAUAUUUUGUAUACCUACAUAGGCAUCUGGCUAUAGUUGUGUAAGAGUUUGGUUGGUCCAAUUUCAAUUUUGUAAAAAUAUAAGAAACUGUUGGCGUCUUGGGUUAUGUUGAAAAAAUAGAUUUCAUAACCUAGUCAAGUAACCAAAGAACUCACAAAACUUAGUAUGUCAGCCCUAAUGUUUAAUGCAAAAUACAUUUACUAAUAGUUUUGGAUUUUAAAUUGAUUUGGCAACAGUCCUUGUAUAUUAUUUAUUUACCAACAAAUUAAAAUAGUAAAUAAUUGCCAAUUAUAAUUGGUAUGGUUAGCUUCCUUUACAAAAAAAAAAAUAGUUAAUUAACAAUAUUAGUGCACAUUAGGUAUACCAUUUAACAGAUAUACAAGAUAAGCAAUGCCAAAAAUUGAGAGCUAGAGUAUUAGAAUUUAAAUUUUGAUCAGUAUAUAUACAUUUUAUGGAGAAAAUAUUUAACAGUUAUCCGGAAAUAAAAAUUAAA